UUCUCAGUGGUGCAAUAAAGGAAGUAAAAGCUGCAUCUGAUAAAGAGAACAGAGAAGCAGAAGGGCAAAGCGAAAGGCUGUUCACAUGUAGAGCACACCGGAGUCUCACCUUAAAAUCAUCUUGGAUUUCAGAAUGCUUCGGUCCCUGCUGGCAGCCUGGACUCUCCUGUCUUGCACCGGUGCACAGAAUAAUCCUGCAGUGCAAGUUAUCCUGACCAACAAAGGGCUUGAGUAUGGAAAACAUGUUGGGGCAGGAUGGGUUCAAGAAAGGUUGCAGAGUGUCACUUUUCCUGACAUCAGCGGAGAGAUUACGCUCAUACAUUACACAGUAACAGGCACGACCAUAACAAAGUGUGACUUCCCAGAGCCAUCUGUGGAGUUCCUUCAGGAUCCAGCAGGAGUGAAAACAUCCGUGUCGGGUCUCAGCGUCGCGCUGGCCGGUGACUGGAGCACAAGCCUUGGCAUCAUACAUGACAGCGGAUCAUUUGAAAUGGCUAUAUUUAGCCUGGAUGUGACCUCUGUGGUGCAGCUGGGGAGGGAUGGAAACGGGCGUCUGUCUGUCACCAGCCUGAGCUGUGAUGCUGAGGUUGGAGAUGUGGACAUACAAUUCCAUGGUGGAGCCAGUUGGAUAUUCCAGCCGUUUGCUGAUUAUUUCAAAGGUCACAUCAUUGAGAAAAUACGAUGCCAGACCUGCAGUGCUGUCAACGAGUAUAUUAGCAUCCUGGAGGACCAUCUUCAGACCAUGGAUGUUUCCUUUGCUGUGGAUCAAGUUCUCACUUUAGAACUUCCUCUCACUGGCUUACCUGUCACCGAUGCUUCAAAUCUGAAGCUUGGCCUUAAGGGGGAGUUCUACACUAAAAAUCACACAGAGCCUCCCUUCGUGGCCCAGCCUUUCAUGAUGUCUGAGCAGCCGAAGUUCAUGCUGUCACUGGGUGUGUCUGAGUUCACCCUGAACUCGGCUUCAUACAGUUACUUUUCAGCAGGAAUUCUCCAGGCCGUCGUCAAUGAUAGCAUGGUUUUUAAAACGCUCCAUAUACAUCUCAAUACCACUUCAAUGGGGAAGUUCAUUCCUCAGCUUCCCAAGAUGUUUCCUGAUCUACCCAUGAGUCUGGUGGUUUAUGCCAGAGAGGCUCCGUUGUUUUCAAUCCAGCCUGGCUCCAUUAAAGUGCCCGUUCAAGCUGCUGUGAAGGCCUUAGCCAUUGAGACAAAUGGUACCCAGGUCCCACUGUUCAAACUCAACGCUGACGUCACGUUUUCUGGUAAAAUGUGGAUUGCUGAUGGAAGCCUGAAGGGCUCCAUGACGCUGGAUAAUUUUACACUGACCCUGGUAUCAAGCGAGGUGGGGGAAUUCAAGAUUGAUGGUUUGGAAAGUGUAAUGAGAACAGCCAUAAAGACAAUGUUCUUAUUCAAAGUGAAUGAAAUACUGGGCAAAGGUACUAUGUUACCCAGAAUGAAGCACGCACAGCUGGUCAACUCUGUUCUGAAGAUGGAGAAGGGAUUCAUAGCAGUUUCUUCAGAUGCAGAGAUCCUCCAAACAGAGAGAAGCUUCAACUGACAAACACCAUAAAUGUUUCAGUUCAGUCUCAAACUUCAAAUAACUAAAGCUUUUUGUCUGAAUCUGUCUCAGCAUGAAAGAAAAUGCAUUCAAUGAGUAAAAAAUGCUGUCUUGAUUCUGGAUUGUUGGAUAUUGAGUGGUCUUAAAAGUAAUACUAUAAUAAUUUUUCUCUCUUAUUUUUAUUGUAUUAUUCUUUUUAUAUGGUUGUUGUACAUUCGGCAUCAUUGUAAAUGAGGGCUUGCUCUCAAUGAUUUCUCCAAAUUCAAAUAAAGGUUGAUUGAAUACACAA